AUGGAAUUACAAGGAUCUUGUCAUUGCGAAAAAGUCAAAUUUACGGUCAAGUCACAAACUCCAGUACCUUUUAUGCGAUGCUAUUGUUCAAUUUGUCGUAAAGUUGACGGAGGUGGUGGAUACUCCAUUAAUAUAAUGGGACAAGCACGUAUCAUACGAAUUAAUAAUGACACUUUGAAAGUAAAUGGUAUGGAAUAUGUAAAAUCUUAUCGAGGUAUUAAGGAUAAAUCAUUACCAAAAAACCGACAAAAAGAAUGUGGGAAUAAACGACAUUUCUGUGGUGAAUGCGGAUGCAUGUUAUGGGCCUAUGAUCAACAAUAUCCUGAAUGGUGUUAUCCAUUCGCUUCAGCUAUCGAUACUCCACUCCCAAAACCCAAACAGAUCAUUUGUAUCAUGUUGAAAGACAAAGCUGAUUGGGCUCACGUUCCAGAGGGGGCUGUUGAAUUUGACGAAUAUCCUGAAGAUUCGAUUGAGUCAUGGCAUAAAAAUAAUAAAGCUUGGGUUGAUUGA